CUUUUGUCAUUAGAUCUAGUUCCUGGUUUGUGCGCCUGCGUGUCAUAAACAUGUUACCCUUGUGAAUUUGUCUGGGAUAGCAUCAGGGUUCAGGGCAAAGAUGGCGACGACAGCAGUUCGGGGCUCCCUAAGAAUUCUUAAACGAAUGCCCCAGCUCACGUACCAUUGCUACAGCCAGUGCCCAAGGCUGCCGUCGACUGGAUCCGAAGGUGCAUUUCAAAUUAUCACACCUUUCGGCGCAGCACAACAGAGGCAUUUUAGGACAACUUACAGAAGUAAUGGACAAAUUCUACCUUUCAAGCUGUCUGACAUUGGCGAAGGAAUAAGGGAGGUGAUUGUGAAAGAAUGGUAUGUCAAAGAGGGGGAUAAAGUGUCCCAGUUUGACAGCAUAUGUGAAGUUCAAAGUGACAAGGCAUCAGUCACCAUCACAAGCCGCUAUGACGGAGUCAUUCGGAAGCUUUACUAUGGUGUGGAGGACACUGCUCUUGUGGGCACCCCUCUGGUUGAUAUUGAGACUGACAGGACUCAAGGCUCUCCAGAGGAAGACGUGGUAGAGACGCCUGCAGUGUCACACCAGCACACGCACCAAGAAAUCAAAGGCCAUAAGACCCAGGCCACUCCUGCUGUCAGACGCCUGGCCAUAGAGAACAACAUUAAACUCAGUGAGGUGGUCGGGACUGGGAAGGAUGGGCGUAUCCUGAAAGAGGACAUCCUUAACUUCCUAGCCAAGCAGACGGGAGCUAUUCUUCCCUACGAGGGGGAUCAGCAGGUUCCAACCCCUGCAGUGAGAACAACAGCAUCCGUCACCUCCAAACCAGACAAAGCACCUGUUACCACCUACCCCACAGCAGCCGCCCCCAGGCCUGUCUUCACAGGGAAGGACCGCACAGAGCCUCUCAAGGGUAUCCAGAAGGCCAUGGUAAAGAUCAUGACUGCUGCUUUGAAGAUUCCCCCCUUUGGUUACUGUGAUGAGGUUGACCUGACCCAGCUGGUGAAGCUACGGAUGCAGCUAAAGGGGCUGGCUGAGUCUCGUGGGGUCAAGCUCAGCUACAUGCCCUUCUUCAUCAAGGCAGCAUCACUGGGCUUGCUCCACUUUCCCAUGCUUAAUGCCUCUGUAGAUGAAGGCUGCCAGAACAUCACCUACAAGGCUUCUCAUAACAUUGGCCUCGCCAUGGACACCCCCCAGGGUCUUAUUGUGCCCAACGUGAAGAGUGUACAGACGCUGAGUGUCUAUGAUAUUGCUGUGGAGCUGAAUCGCCUGCAGAACCUUGGGGCAUCAGGCCAGCUUGGCACUGCAGAUCUCACGGGUGGCACCUUCACCUUAUCCAACAUUGGCUCGAUCGGUGGGACCUAUGCCAAGCCAGUUAUUCUGCCUCCGGAAGUGGCAAUUGGAGCUUUAGGAAAGAUGCAGGUGCUACCCAGGUUUGAUGCUCAGGGCGACAUAGCCAAAGCCCAUAUUAUGAGUGUUAGCUGGUCGGCAGACCACCGCGUUGUUGACGGAGCCACCAUGUGCCGGUUCUCUAACCUGUGGAGAUCCUAUUUGGAGAACCCUGCCUCUAUGGUGUUGGACCUCAAAUAAGGGUUUCCUGUGUAAAUAAGGUGCCCUGACCAGGACUAUCCCUGAGCCCCACCCCCACGAGUUACUGUACUGAACACUAUCGUUUUUCCUCCCUUCCUCAUGUAUGGGAUGGUUUGUUCUCUUGUUGGCUCAAAGGUGUACACAAAUCAGAUGCAAGUCUGUAUUGCUGUAUUUUUCUGACGCUGACUUAGAUUUUUCUGAGAUGGUCACUUAGAGUAAAACAUGAUUUGCCUUCUUAAAUG